AUGUCCGCUUCUCCCACUGCCUGCCUGGCCAGGCCGGCUGGCUCCGAGACCCCCCGGGCCGGCUCUCUGCCUGACCAGAGGGACCCCCGGGACACCUGGAGCAAAAAGGUGGAUUUCCUUCUGUCCGUGAUAGGAUUCGCCGUGGAUUUGGGCAACGUCUGGCGCUUUCCCUACGUCUGCUACCAGAAUGGCGGGGGAGCCUUCCUCAUCCCCUACGUGCUGAUGGCCAUCUUCGGAGGGGUGCCCCUUUUCUACAUGGAGCUGGCCCUCGGGCAGUUCCACCGAGUUGGAGCCAUUCCCAUCUGGAAGAACAUCUGCCCCAUCUUUAAAGGCAUCGGGUUCGCCAUCUGCGUGAUCAACCUGUACGUGGCUUUCUACUACAACACCAUCAUCGCUUGGGCCCUCUUCUACUUCUGCUCCUCCUUUGCCCCCACCCUGCCCUGGGCCAGCUGCAGCAACCCCUGGAACACCCCCAGCUGCCUCAGCUACUUCGAUGCCGGCAACGUAUCCUGGACCAACCUCUCCAAGUCCCCCGCCGAGGAGUUUUACAUGAGGCACGUCCUGCAGGUGCAGAAUUCGCACGGGCUCUCCGAUUUGGGGGAGAUCCGUUGGCAGCUGCUGCUCUGCCUCUUCCUUAUCUUCACCAUCGUCUACUUCAGCCUUUGGAAGGGGGUCAAGACCUCCGGGAAGGUGGUUUGGGUGACAGCCACCCUGCCCUACAUCGUCUUGCUCAUCCUGCUGAUCCGUGGGGCAACCCUCCCAGGGGCCUGGAGAGGGAUUGUCUUUUACCUGCGACCCGACUGGCAGAAGCUGAGGAGCGUGGCUGUGUGGGUGGAUGCAACUGCCCAGAUCUUCUUCUCCCUGGGCCCAGGAUUUGGAGUCCUUCUUGCCUUGGCCAGCUACAACCCAUUCAACAACAACUGUUACCGAGACGCCAUCCUGACCAGCCUGGUCAACUGCUUCACCAGCUUCCUCUCGGGAUUCGUCAUUUUCACCGUCCUGGGCUACAUGGCCGAAAUGCGGCACAUGGAAGUUGCAGACGUUGCGAAGGACCAAGGGCCCAGCCUCCUCUUCAUCACUUACCCGGAAGCCCUGGCCAACAUGACCGGAUCCUCUUUCUUUGCCGUCCUCUUCUUCCUCAUGAUGAUCACGCUGGGACUGGACAGCACGUUUGGGGGCCUGGAAGCCGUGAUCACUGCCCUGAUGGACGAGUAUCCCCAAGUGCUGGGCGAGCAUCGUCAGCUGUUUGUGCUGGGACUCAGCGCCGUCUGCUUCUUGGGCUCCCUGGCCACCCUGACCAAUGGAGGUCCCUACAUCGUGAAACUCCUGGAAGAGUUUGGGGCUGGUUACUCCAUCUUAGCUGUGGUGUUCCUGGAAGCCAUUGCCGUCUCCUGGUUCUACGGAAUGCAGCAGUUCUGCAGCGACGUGAAGGCCAUGCUGGGCUUUGGGCCGGGACUGUACUGGCAAGUGUGCUGGAGAGUGGUCAGUCCAGCCACCUUAGCGUUCAUUCUCAUCAGCUCCCUCCUGGACCAGUAA